UAUACCUCCAUCACCUCAUCAUCCUCCAGCUCCGGGGUGUGUGUGUGUGUGUGUAUGAGAGUGCGAGUGUGUGUGAGAGAGUGUGUGUAUGUGUGUGACUGAGAGAGAGAGAGAGAGACAGAGAGAGAGAGAGAGAGAGAGACUGUGCGCGUACACACCGCGCUUUUUUCUUUUCCGUUUUCUGCCCCCGCCCCCUACCCUUUACCGUUUCCCCAGGAAUCUGCGGAACCUAACCUAGCGGCGGCGGGAGAGUCGCGCGCUCACGGACAUCGGUAGAAGAGGAAGAGGAAGAGGAGUCGCGCGACCAUGCGCGUACCUGCGGCCCAGCCCGGCUGCCUCGCCUGCCCCGGCCCAUUGGCGCCGUGGCCGGCUGAGUGAGGGGCUCUGAGCUCCUGGUAUGGGCAGCGUGGGCAGUGGAGCCUCCAGCCAGCGGGCCAUCACCAUGCGAAGUGUGGGCACGCGGACCACCCCGAACGGGCCCCUGGCGCCCGCGCUGCCCCCAAACUCUGUCCGCCGACGUCUGGAUGACCGCAGCUUCAGCGCUGACCGGCUGCCAGCACCGGCCACCAAGACAGCAGGCGUCACUGCCAACGAGCACUCCGAGCGCACAGCCGCUUCUCAUAAUGCUAAUCGGCAGCACACCGUCAAUGGUGAGCGGCUGCUCUCAAAUGCUUCUUUCUCCAAUGGGCCUGUGAGGAGGGAGCAAGGCCACAGGCGAGGCGAGAGCCUAGAUCUGUGUGGAAACAGUAUAGUCCUCAACAACAACAACAAUGAAAACAAGAACAGCAGCCAUCAAGCACCAGCGCAGCAGCAGCACAAGGACAAGAGCAAAGCCAAGACGGACAACCACAACCCUCCCAACAUCCUGCCCAUCUCUGGCAAGCUGGAGCAAGCACAGGUACAGCAUGGCCUGAGCACCGAGGGGAAGGACCCUGACGCACUGGUCCGUCCCUCCGCCUUCAAGCCUGUGGUGCCCAAGAGCUUUCAUUCCAUGCAAAACCUCGUGUGCCCCCUUCAAGCCAGUGUGGGUGCAGGUGGGGGCACAUCGGGCAGCGGUGCAGGUGAGAGAGGUGGCCAGGGCACCUCGGGAAUCCGUCUGGAUGAGGAAACCCCUAACAGCAGAGGAACACACUCUGGUGGAGGUAUCCGAGCAGGCCAGGGCAGCCUGUCUGAUUCUGGCAGGAAUUCACUGACCAGUCUGCCCACGUAUGCAGGUACAGGCUCAGGCUAUGGCCCUCCCCCGGCCCUUGGGCCCCUCAGUGCCUCCACCAGCCACAUCAACCGUCUGGGUACUGCAACAACCGGCCUGGACAAGCCAGAUAAACCAGGCUACCAGAAUGGGCUGAGUGCCUCUGACAGUGGUCACUCGUCUUCGGGCAAGAGCUCGUCGUCUUAUCAGCGCCUGAGCCACUUGAGCGAUGCGCCGGCGCCCUUGCGGCCAUCGCCGUCCUCCGAUGACGUAAUUCGUGACCUGGAGGACCGCUUAUGGGAAAGAGAGCAAGAGGUGCUCCAUAUGAGACGGAACCUGGAUCAGAGUGAGGCGGCAAUCGUGCAGGUGUUUGAGGAGAAGCAGCGGGUGUGGGAGCGUGAAAUGGAGGAACUGAGGCAGAACUAUGCCGGACGGCUACAGCAGGUGACCCGUCGCGCCCAGCGUUCACAGCAGGCCCUGCAGGCCCAGAUCAGCCGUCUGCAGCAGGACAAGCGCAGGCUCCAGGACGAGAUGACGCUGCUCCUGGCCCAGCGUGAAGAGCUGGAGAAGAAGUGCCUGGACUACAGGAAGGAGCAGGCUGACCUCCUGCCCAAGCUGGAGGAGACCAAGUGGGAGGUGUGUCAGAAGGCAGGUGAGAUCUCCUUGCUGAAACAACAGCUGAGGGAGAGCCAGGGCGAGGUGACCCAGCGUGCUGGAGAGAUGGUGGCCCUGAGGAAUCAGCUGAAGGAGCUGAACGCCCAGCUGAGGGAGCGGGAGCAGGCCGAGAUCAGCCUGAAGGAGUCCUUCUGCACCAAGACACUGGAACUGGAGCGCUGCGAGGCAGAACUGCAGGCCAUGCUGGCCGAGGUGACCGUCCUGAGAGACAAGCUGAGUGCAUUUGAGACAGAGGUGGCCGGGCUGAAGAAAGCCCUGAGUGAGCUUAGCAACACCACUAGCACUCGCACCACUGAAUCCAGCUUGGCCGAUAUGGGUCAGCUGGUGCUGUCUCGGAGCCGGGAACGCCUCCUCUCGCCCCUGAGCCCACCAGAGACGCCCACCUCGUUGCCCCCUCUCUCGUCGCUGCCCUCUGUGCCCUCACUUCCUCCUGUGCCCUCACUCCCCCCUUUGCCUGCACUGCCCGCCCCGGACCCACUGCUCAGCCUGCAGAGCGAUGAUUCCAAGGUGCAGCGGCAGGAAGCAGGUGACCUGCGGCGCCAACUGGAGCUACUCCAGGGGGAGCUGCGUCUGGAGCGGCAGCAGCGUGAGCGCCAGGCACUCACCUUCGCCCACGAGCGCCAAACCUGGCAGGGAGAAAAAGAGCGUGUGCUCAAGUACCAGGCACAGCUGCAGCUCAGCUAUGUAGAGAUGCUGCAGAAGAACCAGGCACUGGAAGAGCGCGUCGACCAGCUCGGGGCCCAGCUGGCCACUCCGAUCCUGGUAUCGCCGGCAACACCAACUUCGCCGCCUCCCUCCGCUAGUCUUGAGGUGCCCACAACAGCGCCUGUGGCCGUGUCAAUCACCUCCCCGACUCCCCCGGUCGAGGAGAAAAAGGUGCCUGCCCUGCACCAGCUGGCGCCCCCGUGGCCCGUUCCCACUCGUCUGGAGAGGAUCGAGUCAACAGAGAUAUGAUGCCAGAAAAUGUGACCUCUUUGAUGCAGUAUAAAAAAAAAAAGAAACACUUAGAGCACCAGUUACAAUAGCGUUAAGUACAAACCCUCCUGAAACAAAAACGUCAUGUCUAUAACUUCUGAGGACAGUCCAAGGAUGCCCUGCUGAGUGAGGCAGACGUCAGGGUUGAGGGGUGCAAGUUGCUAAGUAAUAUGUUUGUGUGGCCUUAUGACUGACCUAGGAAAAGCUCUGGAUCCUAAAAGGUGUUGGUUUGGGUGGAGGGGGUGUAGGAAGAGCUGGCCCUGAGUCUGUAGCCAAGAGGAACAUGAGUAGAUCGAACACUCAGGGGAUAAGGGAUCAGGCAUUAAUAAUUCAUAUUUAAGGCUAGACUGUUGUAAGCUAGCUCUCAAUGCACGGUUCAUGAUAACAAAUAUUUCACAAUAUAAAUCUAUAUCGACAGAUCUCAAGUUAAACUUUAAAAACACAACUGAUAUUAUUUAAAGGUGCAGUUUUGUAAACUAAAUCUAUAAGCAUAUACUUUCAAAGAAAAACUGUGAUUUGCAAUAUUGCCAUGGAGUACAUGUGGCUAGUUUCUUCACUUUGGUUUGUUUAAAAUUUUCCGGCCUGGAAAUGAGUUUAAUUCCCCCCGCUGGAACAGAGCUACUUUACUCCACCACUAUCCCUUCAAAGAAGACAGACGAGGCCUAAACAUAAUGGGCUGGUGGGGAGAGGAAUGUUUUCUAAUAUUUUCACUGCAAGUGCAUUUCACAUCACAGGCAGCAACCACAGGGCUGAACAAAUUACAAAUCUGCUCCUUUAAAUAACAUUUCUCCAAACCCUACAGCAAACAAAAUAAAGAAUAUAUAGAAUAGCAUCCAUAUUAGCUGAAGAGACUCUUUUUUAAAAAAAAUCUUAAUUAGAAGCUACAGGGAGAGAUCUGAUGCUCUUCCUGUCUAUGGUGCUUGUCCAUACCACACCAGUGUGUGUUUUUUUUUCCAAAAUGAAGGACCAAAUAUUUAAGAGGCGUUGCUGGUCUCGAGUUCCCUCAUAGUGGACGUAGUCGCAAUAGUGAUUACCAGUGGACUCCAAGACCUGGUGUGUUGUAUAGGAGCGUGCCUCAACCCUCCUGCUCUGAUAGCGAAAGCAGCGGCGGAGGACCGACACGUGGUCAUUUGACUCGAAACCGUAUUACCAGAACAUUUCUGCUUUUCACCUUUGUAUUCCAUGUUUCUGAAACAGUGUAGAAUAUAUUAGAGAGCGAGCGAGAGGUAUUGAAAAAAACAAACAAAAAAAAAACAAAUAGUUUAAUGCACUUUGCUUUGGUCUCAGACAAUGUUUCUUUUUAAGAGAGGUGUGUGUUUUUGAUGAACAGCAUCUGCUGAGUGAUGUUUGGUUUAUGAAGCUGCUAGUUAGUGGAGGAGUCAGCGGCUGAGCCAAAAAAAAAUUAAGAAAGAAAAAAGUGCUAAGAGGGCAAUUAGAAUAGCGCAUGGUCGGAGAAGGGUGCACUUCUGAAGCACGGUCCGUCCACCGCUAAUGAACUAAUGAGUCCGUUUAAGUGGGACCUUACCUUCUUCCAAAAAAGAAUAUGUGUCAAUGUAUACUUUCUGAAAGUAUCAUUUAGAAUAUUUGACUUAAGAAAAUAUAUAAUAUGCAGUAGAUUGAAGUGAUGUUUUGAAGUAAGUACGCCGUGUACACAGGCUUCGUUGCCAUAUCUGAGUGGGAUAUAAAGACUGAAAUGUGACUCGUGUGGUUGCGAUGGGGAAUAGGUAGUGCGACUGUGUAGUGUGGAUUCAGAUGGUUUAGAUAUAUUUACCACCGGUGGUGAAGAGAAGAUGGAGGUGGAAAAGUGGUAGCAUUAAACAAAAAACAAAAAAAACAGUAACACCUUUUGUCACAAAGCCUACAUCAUCAUCCUAAAGCAUGACGACCAUGGGUCCAACUAAUUAUUUUAUAUUAUUCUUUUAUUAAUGAAUGGUCACUGAUACCCUGUUUGCCCACUUAUUAUUAAUGCUAUUACUGGCAAAAAAGCUACUAUAAGUGUUUUUUUGUUGUAAUAUUUAUGAGAAAUAGUAUAAAUGAGUUAAUCUACAAAAGAAAUCACUCAGGUAUCACUUUUGGUGUCGAAUAGCAAAAAUAGGCACAGUAAAAGAUUCAGGAUAUUAGAUAAAGCCCAGAGUGGCUUUAUAUGCUCCAUAUAACAAAAUACACCUGAAAUAAUGUAGGCUACAUGCCAAUUGGGCAUGUGCUAAUAACAUGUAAUACAAUACACCAUUAUAUUCAACACGCAUGAUAGUGCCAUCAUGGUAACUUAUUACUAUCACCACACUUUCAUUCUGCCUUGGUUCACAGCAUGAAAGUUUGAUCAGUUGGCGCACCAUGGGCGGGUGAUAUGGCCAAAAUAUCAUAUCACGAUACUUCACGAUAUAUUUUACAUUAUAAGUAUACAUCAAAAUAUUUAGGUUUGUUAAAAAAUGCCACAUUUAUUCAUCGAUAUCUGGUUUUGAACUUAAAUUUUGUAAAUCUGUCAUUUUAUGUUUUCUUUGGAAUUACUGUACAUCAGGUUUUGAACUUAAAUUUAAACCAAACUGAGUUUGUUUUAAUUUGUUUGUUAUGCCGUUCAACAAGUAAACUCAAAUUCAAUUUAAAAUUCAGUUUUAAAAUAAUCAGAUAUCUACAACGAACAUUCUGAUUUUGGUGGCAUGAUGCAUUUCAAAUUCAGUUAAUCAAAUUCAGAUUCAAAUUCCAGUAAAGUGCUACAUUUAAGCAAACAAGCACAGAUACAGUCGUUCAGCCAAUCAAGUCAAGAAACGACAGAGCAGCCCAUGGUGAGUCGAAACUUAAUUAGGAUAGAAUUAGAAUAGUCUUGUGCCAACAAAAGCCAAGUUCUACUUUUUCUGUUUAUUUUAAAAAUGAAUUUGAUUAAAUUGAAACUUUAAUUCAACCUCACAACCAAAAAGAAGCAUAAAAAUCAUAUUGAAAAAAUUUAAAGCCAAGUUGUAAUGCCUCAGCUUUCAAUACAUAAACAUCAGUAUACCAUUUUUUUUAACCAGUGUCUAGAAAAAAAUUUUAUCGAACAAAAUCAAACUUACAAAAUGCUUUCAAUAAUUCGUGAGUAAUGAUGGAUGUUAUAAAAGUUCUGAUGAUGCCCAUGAUAUUAUCCGAAAGGUUAUUGCAAUUUAUUUGUAAUUUAUUUUACAAUAAUUGUAAUGUAUUGCAAUAUCAAUAUCAAAUGGUCAUAUUGCCCAGCCAUAACGAUGCACACGCUUUUUGAAAUUUGAUACAAUACCAGUCUGAUAUCAGAGCUGUGACCAAUACCUGAUAUUGAUCAGACUUUUUUCUGCUUUAAAUAAUUGAAAAGACUGUUAAAAACAGUUUCAUUUGUAGUUAUUCUCUCUACACUUUAAGGUGGAAAUAGUGACUGUGAUUGAGUCACCUGACUUUACAAAAAUGUCAAACUUUCAGUAAACAUCACAAGUAUUCACAGGAUAUAUAUAUGAACAUAUAUCAGUGGGUUGGAUUGGAAAAUGUGUCAGUUCUAAUUUGAUAGUGAUUCAUCUUUUCAGGCCUAUAUCCAUCAGCACCUCCUGAUUAAUAAUAGAACUGUAAACUAUAAUAAGAACUGAGAUAAAUAUGGUGAUUUUUAACAAAGUAUUAUGAGCACAUGCCUAAUACUAAUUUAAUCUUAAAAACUAAAAACUACACUGCUGUAAUAUCUGUCACAUACACAAUUAUAAUCAUACGAUUUUUUUUUUGUAUCAUGUGACCAGAUUUGUGACAUUUUUUUUGGUAGCUUUAUGACACUGGGUGUUAAGUGAGACAUAAUCUACAAAGCUUUAGAUGGACACCACCCCUCUACUGUCUUUGGCCACAUUUGCUGCUAUGUAAUUCUGUUGUGUCCUGCUGUGUUCUUGGUAGAGACAAAGGGGCAGUCGACUGCAUGUAAAUAUCAUUGUUAUUUAUGUGUACAUAUCUAUUCUAUCCAAAUAUACCGAGCUAUUGCGUGUGAAUACUUUUGUGAAUUAAUGAGACUGACAUGUCAGCUUUUAUUUUUCAAACUAUCGAUAUAGGAAUAUAAUAUAAUAUAUUAAAAUCUUUAAAAAAAAAAAAGUUCAAUCGGCCAUUACGUGUUAUAAGAAGGGAAGACCAUGAAAGCCCCUGAUGUCUAUUUUCCCGUCUCAUAUUUCUCGGAAUGUUUGAAGGGAGGACAAACUGUCAUCACUGUUUUCAUUCUGAUUUUUUUUAUGCUUCAAAACCCGCUUGGAAAAAAGCAUAUCUUAGCAAAUAUGAAUUCAAUUAAUAAAGAUGUGUAUAAAAUUAA